GACCGACAGACCGAGGCAAGUGCCCUGUCAGCUUCAGGGGACCAGCCGAGGCUACUGUCCCUUAAGAGUGCCAGAAUCCUCAGCACCAGUUCAGGGCUCCAGGAGAGGCCGUGGUCAUGGUGGAUGAAGAUCCCAACCUGGAGGAGAGAGACGGCACCCCUGAGCAGGAGUUUGCGCUUCAGGCGGACCCCAGCAUCUCUGUGUACGCCAGCAAUUCAGCCCACCGCCGUACCUUGCUCCAACCGGCUGGCUUGGCCCACCCAAGUAGCUCAGCUCGGGAGGACUUCAGUGUGAUCAAGGUAAGCAAGCGCCGUUGGGCGGUGGUCCUGUUAUUUAGCUGCUACUCAAUGUGCAAUGCCUUCCAAUGGAUCCAGUAUGGCUCCAUCAAUAACAUCUUCAUGAACUUUUAUGAGGUCAGUCCCUUUGCCAUCGACUGGCUGUCCAUGUGCUACAUGCUGACCUACAUCUUUCUACUACUGCCGGUCGCCUGGCUGCUGGAAAAAUUCGGCCUGCGCACCAUUGCCCUUGCUGGCUCUGCUCUCAACUGCCUGGGGGCCUGGGUGAAGUUGGGCAGCCUGCAGCCACAUCUCUUCGCAGUCACCAUGCUGGGCCAGGUCAUCUGCUCUGUGGCCCAGGUCUUCAUCCUGGGCAUGCCCUCCCGCAUAGCUUCAGUCUGGUUUGGACCUAAUGAGGUUUCAAAGGCCUGCUCUAUAGCUGUCUUUGGCAAUCAGCUUGGAAUUGCAAUUGGGUUCUUUGUCCCUCCUGUUUUGGUACCCAAUAUCCAAGACAAGGACAAGCUUGCCUACCACAUCCGCCUCAUGUUCUGUAUAAUAGGAGGUUUUGCCACUCUUCUUUUUAUCCUUGUCAUCAUCAUAUUCAAGGAGAAGCCUAAAUAUCCCCCCAGCAGGGCCCAGUUCCUGAGCUACGCCUUGGCAUCCCCUGAUGCUUCAUACUUAAGUUCCAUCGCCCGGCUCUUCAAAAACCUCAACUUUGUACUGCUUGUCAUCACCUAUGGUCUGAAUGCUGGGGCUUUUUACGCCUUGUCCACCCUGCUGAACCGCAUGGUGAUCUUGCACUAUCCAGGGGAAGAAGUGAAUGCUGGAAGAAUUGGCCUGACCAUUGUCAUUGCAGGAAUGGUUGGGGCUGUGAUCUCAGGCAUCUGGCUGGAUAGGUCUAAAACCUACAAGGAGACAAUCCUGGUGGUCUAUAUAAUGACUCUGGUGGGCAUGGUGGUGUACACAAUGACCCUGAACCUGGGACAUCUGUGGGUAGUGUUCAUCACCGCUGGCACAAUGGGCUUCUUUAUGACCAGCUAUCUCCCGCUGGGAUUUGAGUUUGCUGUGGAGCUGACAUACCCAGAAUCAGAAGGCAUGUCGUCUGGCCUCCUCAACGUGUCUGCCCAGGUAUUUGGGAUCAUCUUCACCAUCUCCCAGGGCCAGAUAAUCAACAACUACGGAACUAUGCACGGGAACAUCUUUCUCUGUGUGUUCCUCACCCUCGGAGCAGCCCUCACUGCAUUCAUCAAGGCAGAUCUCCGGAGGCAGAAAGCAAACAAAGAAAAUCCUGAGAAUAAACUCCAGGAGGAGGAGGAGGAGAGCAAUACCCGCAAAGUACCUGCCACUGUGUCUGAGGAGCAUCUCUGA